AUGGCCACUGACAUCCGCGCCAGCAGCUACCCAGCGGAUCGCAAACGGAGGAAGUUGAGGGUGGCAAUCAUCACCGAGAACUUUUUGCCAAAGGUGGAUGGCGUGACAAGGACGUUGGCAAGACUGCUGGAUCACUUGAAUGCAGAAGGACACGAUGCUAUCGUGCUAGGUCCAGAGACAGGAGUGCGAGAGUAUGCUAUGCAUCCCGUUGUUGGGACUUUCGGCGUACCGCUCAUCGUAUACCCAGGUCUCAAACUCAACUUCUCUCGUCCGCGGUUCAUCAGGCGACUGCAGCAAUUCAAGCCAGAUGUAUGCCACUUCGUCGACCCCAUUUGGCUUGGGGCUCAGAUGCUCUUCGUCGUCCAGAGAUGGAUGCCCGAGGUGCCCUGCGUCUCAUCGUACCACACAAACCUCCCCACCUACGCGACACUGUUCGGCAUGCCGUGGCUCGAGUCAACAAUGUGGUCAUUGAGUCGCAACCUUCACUCGAAGUGCGAGAUGGUCUUUUGCCCAUCCAACAGUACACGAGCCAUGCUGGAAGAGAAAGGGUUCAAGAAUGUGAAAAUCUGGAGCCGAGGCGUAGACACGACCAUGUUCAACCCUCAGGCGCGAGACGACAAUCUGAGAGCUAGCUGGGGCUGCUCACCUGUGGCCGCUGAUGGAAAGCCUCAGCAAGGGCAGGGAGCUAUUCAGCUAGCACAGAAGCUUGGUCUCUCGCCAAAAGCAUCGGUCAGGUCCUCGACGACGUCGCCAAAUUUCGGACCCGAGGACGAAAGCUUCAUUCGUACACCCCCGAUCGGUCCGGUAUCGCCUCUGAGUACACCUCACUUCAGUCCUCCACCAGCAUAUACCAGUCUCAAUGACAUCCCAGACCUCGCCGGCGGCACCGCUUUUGCACUCCCGCCUCCGGUGCUGCCACAGCCAUUUGUCCACCGCUAUGAAAGUAUGGACGCAAGUGCUGGUCAGGGCAAGACAGUGCUGCUCUACGUCGGCAGGAUCUCGUGGGAGAAGAAUAUCCGUCUUCUGAUCGAAGCGUUCAGACAGCUGCCAACUCCUGUGCGAUCAAAGGCAAAGCUUGUCGUUGUCGGAGAUGGUCCUGCGCGAGCGGACCUGACCCGUCUGUGCAACAAGCUCGGACUGGAUGCCACCUUCAUGGGUCAUCAGAAGGGUACUCGAUUGGCCGCUAUGUACGCUUCGAGUGACAUCUCCGCCUUCCCCAGCCAUACCGAAACCUUUGGUCAGGUGGUGCUAGAAGCCCUUGCGUGUGGCCUGCCCGUCGUGGGCCUGCAUGCUCAAGGUACUUCUGAUCUUGUCACUCCUGGUCGGACUGGUCUCUUGCUCGAUGUUGCCAAGGCUGCCAAAGCGGGAGUCAGUGGGAGCGCUCCUUCUACCCUUUCUAGCAGGCGCGCAUCAGGCGACAGCUUCAAUGGAAAGCUAGCGUCUGACGCUUCCACGAGCCCACUUGCCCUAACGCCGCGGUCUCGACCUCCCUACGAUCGUCGAUCUUCUUCUCUCAAGCCAGCCAGAAACGCACCUGGUCUUGCAACCCCCAUUCCCACGGCAGCCGACUUCGCAGCCGCAAUGUCACCUGGCACCUCUGCCUUCACUGCAUGUGCUCGCUCGUACAGCAUGCAUCUGGAGCGUCUGAUCCGCGAUCAGCCACUCAGGGCCGCAAUGGGUCGGCAAGCUCAGGCGGAAGCCUCUCGCAAAACUUGGUGGGACGCUAUGGAUGCAGUUGUGCUUGGCUACGAGACCGUCAUUGAGAAGAGAGCAUCGAGCAACCUCAGCGAUGAGGAGUUGGAGCGUAUGCGAGAUCGGCAGUGCAAGACUGCGCCGUUGACCGGUGUGUGGGUGAGAGUGAGCAUCAUGCUCUACCUCUUGGCCUUUGUCCUCUUUUGGAGGUACAUGGUGGGCUGA